AUGUUUGCAAUUAAGAAAGGACAGACAGUGGCCAGCAAUGUUACCAACAAGACAGAUCCUCACUCCAUGAACUCUCAUGUAUUCAUUGGGAAUCUCAAUACUCUUGUGGUCAAGAAAUAUGAUGUGGAGGCAAUCUUCUCGAAAUACGGCAAAAUUGUGGGUUGCUCUGUUCAUAAAGGUUUUUCCUUUGUGCAAUAUCUUAAUGAGAGAAAUGCCCAGGCUGCUGUGGCAGGAGGGGAUGGCAGAAUGAUUGGCCAGGUUUUAGAUAUUAAUCUGGCCGCAGAGCCAAAAGUGAACCAAGAAAAAGCAGGUAUGAAACAAUCUGCAGUGGAGAUGUAUGGUUCCCCUUUUGACUUGGACUAUGACUUUCAACGGGAUUAUUAUGACAGGAUGUACAGUUACCCAGCACGUGUUCCUCCUCCUCCUCCGACUGCUCGGGCUGUAGUGCCCUCAAAACGCCAGCGUGUAUCAAGAAACACCUCACGAAGGGGCAAAAGUGGCUUCAGUUCUAAGACUGGACAGCGGGGAUCUUCUUCUAAGUCUGGAAAGUUGAAAGGAGAUGACCUUCAGACCAUUAAGAAGGAGUUGACCCAGAUAAAACAAAAAGAGGAUUCUCUACUGGAAAGCCUGGAAAAGAUCGAAAAGGAACAGAGCAAACAAGGAGUAGAGAUGAAGAAUGAUAAGUCAGUAGAGGAGGAGAGCAGCAGCUCCCUGAAGAAAGAUGAGACUAAGGUGAAGAUGGAGUUUGAGGGGGAUGCAGAUGACUCUGCUGAGGAGGGGGACCUACUGGAUGAUGAAGAUCGGGGGGAUGACCAGCUGGAAUUGACCAAGGAUGAUGAAAAAGAGGCUGAGGAAGAAAAGGAUGACAGAGACAGCGCCAAUGUCGAGGAUGACUCUUAA